GUAUCAAUCCCAACAGCUGAUCGACAGUACUACCCUAGUCGAAGCCCUUCAGAGAAACACCCCCAACCAGACACCUCGCACCGGAUACGAACAAUGUCCGGUCACAACCCAUUCCGACCAUCACGGCCAUACCCGGCGGCCCGCGAGCGGGAAGAAGACCUAGAGCGGCUCCGAAGGCUUACCAACUUCGAGAGCACCGAGGAACUCGAGGCCUGGCUCGAAUCGGACGGCGUGGACCCGUUCUUCCGCGAGUUCAGGGCGGACUACCUGUCCGACUACACCUACGCGCCGGAAGCCGACUUCAACGAAGCCAUGGGGGCCUUCAGCGCGAACGAGGGGAACCGAUACGCCGAGGCCGAUCCGGACAAGCGGGACUGGACACCGGUGGACCACUACGCCCGGUUCAUGGUGCAGGUGGUGUGGUACGCCCUCUCGAACCCGUCUCCGUGGGACGGCGCCGGUGAGCCCGAGCUCGCCAUGGUCGGGAACGUGCUGUAUGAGGUGCUCAAGUAUCUCACCAAGGUGUGGUGGGACGCCAACAGGAGUCCUCACGGCUACGACUCGGAGUAGGGCUCGCGCGCUUCCCGUAGUCGGCUUCCUCGUCUGAUUCGAGUCACCUCCGCCAACACGCCGGGCUAGCGUCGACUGCCUC